GUAAUGGAAUUGACUAGUUUUAUGUUUUUGGUCAUUAUUUUAAAACAAAAUGUUGGGAGUACAGAUGAGGCAAGUUUUUUUUUAUAUUCAAUUUCUCACAAAUACAUUUCAUUAAGAUAAACUUAAUAUCAAAGAUCAAAUUAAAUGGAACAAAAAAAAUGCCAGAAACUAAUAUGUAACAAUUUUUUUAUUUUUUUUAUUUUUGUAAAAUUAUUGACACGUUUUUUGGUUAUUGCGCAAAUAUUACAAUGGUAAAGAAAACGUAAAAUAUUCGUCUAAACUCAUCAACUUGCCACUUUUUUUUCAUGUGUUGUGCAUAAACUACUUAUCUCUUUCUUAUAGAAUCAAGUUUCUUUAAAAAAUAAUAUUAGCCCUCCCGACAUGGUUAGAAAUUUCUUAACGAACAUGGAUGGCAAAACCGUUUCAGAUAAAUUAACUGGGACAACCAUAUCAGGUGGGCUUGAAAUACCACCACAAACGUGUCCUAGCAAUAAGUUGGGGAUUUAUUACCUCUUCCCAUUUUAUAAAUGGCCGGAAACCCAAGCUGGAGCUUGGGCAACACCCCAAGGCACCGUUUGUCUUCACGAAAACUACACUCCGGUCAGAAGACAUUGCUCGGAAGAAGCUAUUUGGGAAGAUCCAGAUGCUGAGAGAUGUGCGGAAGUUAAUGUCAAUGAUAUAACUAACCAACUGUUUGAAUUACUUCGGGAAAAUUCACCAGAAGCGAUCAACAUUCUUGUUGAACUAACAGCAAAAAAUCAAGAAUGUUUUAUACCAUUUGACAUCUACCUCAUUUCAAAAAUCUUAGAUAAAGCAAGUGAAGAUAGUGAAAUUGCGGAGAAUCCUGACAAUUUUACCGGAGUUAUUAGCAAUCUUAUGGACUUUGAGAGAGAAAUACUAAAUGUUGCGCAACAACUUCUGAAUUGUACUGACAAUAUUUUGUACAGUUUUGACAAACUGCUCUUUAAAACACAAAAUACGAACAUCACGCAAUCUAAACUAUUUGUCAGAGCUGUACAGGUAGCCAACAAUGUAGUAGGAGCAAUGAUCAAAAGCAAAAACACCACCAGUUUUGAUCAUUUCCAAUUUUUUCCAUUAGACAAUGUUAACCAACUACAGGACGAAGAUUUUGAAAUUGCUUUUAUAGUACCUCAAAAUUUUGCAAAAAAACACUAUUACAUUUCAUUGUUUUACAACGACAAUCUUUUCAAUCAAAAUGAAACCGUCACUUUGGGAAGUUGGAUUCUCAGUAUUUUAAUUCCAGAAACUAGAAAUGACGCGAAUUCGAGGAUACAAAUUUAUUUCAAAGAAUUUAACAAAUAUGUAAACCACUCGUGCAAUCACUGGAAAUACGGUAACGACGAAAAUUUCAUAGCAAGACCGGGAAAAUGGAAAUUUGAUAGUGUUGCUACAAAAUUCAAAAAAGAGCAUUACAUUUGUGAAGUAGACCACACUACGCAUUUCGGAAUGUUAGUAUCAGGAACGGUGCCUGAAAAUUUUAUUUUGGACUUGAUCACCAUUUUCGGCUCGAUUUUAUCGAUAAUCGGGAUUAUUGUAAUUGUACUAACUGCAAUAUUGUUCGAGAAGUGGAGAAACGAAAUGAGUCGAAAAAUUGUAAUCAACGUUUCCAUAUGUUUGCUACUUUUGAUAAUUUUGUUUAUUAUAUCGGACCGCGUUAAUAACGGUAAAGGUUGUAUUACGAUUGGAAUUUUGUUGCAUUACAUGGUAAUUGCCCAAUUUUGUUGGAGCUUAGCGGUGUCUUAUUCAAGUUAUCGCAGGUAUUACAUGGUGUUUAAUAAUGUGACACAUAUUGUAAAAUUUUGUGUUUUUUCAUGGGGGAUUCCUUUAAUUAUUAUUGUAAUAACUGCAACCAUUAAUAUUGAAACUUAUGAUAAAUCUCCGGAUGAAGAAUCCUCUCAGAUAUGUUACCCAAAGGGCAUUUACCUCAAGUUAGGAGUGUGCUUACCGAUGGCCAUCAUAUUAACCAUAAACUUGAUCAUUUAUUUAUUCAUAAUAAAAAAUCUGACUGUGACGACACUUAACUUAAGAAAACAUGUCGCUAAAAAAUCCUACAACAAGCAAAAAGUCUUGGUUUUGUUGUUCUUCAUGAUGGGCAUGUCUUGGAUUUUUGGGGUCUUAGUAGCUUUCACCGACAAUAUAAUUUUCCUUUACAUUUUUUGUACCACUGCGACUUUACACGGUUUUGUCAUUUUUAUUUUCUACAUCGUGGACUCCAGCGAAAUUAAACAACAAUGGAAAGUUGCGAUUAAUAAAAUAAUACCGAAAAAAUUAUCAGCCACUUUGAGUUCCAAAAGUCAAAGUACUGACAUCGUGUCCGAAUCUGUAGCUGGAUCAUUUAAAUAUUAAGUCUCACCUGUCUUCCUCUUCUCCUUCUUCCUCCGUCUCUUCGUCAUUGUCGUCACCAUUGGUGCAACAAUUUUCUUCAGGAACUUUUAAGGUGUCGGUGGACAUUUUUGCCGUUGUCAACACUUAAGAGCACGAUCGUCAGUGAUACUGAAUGAUUUUAUAUUAUGAAAAAAACACAUCGCGGUUGUCCUUGUACGUACUAACUUAAACAAGAUUAAGACCCUUAAUGCCAUCUAAAUUCUAAAUCUUGUUAAAGUGUGAUGGUCAUCGUAAGUAUUCCAUGAUUAGUUCAACACUGUUUCGCUGCAGCAAAUUAAUCGAACGCAAAUGUAAAAGUAAUGUAAAUAUUAUGUUUUAGAUAGUUGAUUGGCAUUUUAAGUUUAAUAGCUAAGAUAAACUUUGCAAAUUAUGAAUGUACUUACCUACAUACGUAAAUAAAUUGUGUUCCUCUUACCACAA